CACGCCAUAGCUAAAGCAACAAUACUUUAUCAGCUCGUGGACAGCGUAGGAAGAUACAAAUAUAGCUAUGUCAGUGGAUCCGCUGCGACAGAUGCAGCGUGCGUGUUCUGAUAGGUAGAGAGCUCGGCUUAAAAGGCAGGUUGCGUCAUCUUUUUUUCGCGAAUGAGGCUGCAUCAUCCGUAACUGAGUGGGGAUGGGUCUCCAAGUUUUGCUGUACUGGCCCAAUAUUAUUGGAUACAUUAGGAUUGGACUUGUGUUGGCUGCGUGGGCUGCCUGUGAGACACCGGCAGUGUUUGUCCCUUUUUACUCAGUCUCCAUUGCACUUGAUGGAGUGGAUGGGUGGCUGGCGAGGAGGCUGGGCCAGAGCUCCAGGUUUGGGGCCUGGCUGGACGUAGUGGUGGACAAUCUGGGCAGAGGCAUGCUGUGGAGCCUGCUGUUUGAGUGGGGCUGGCUGGUGUCGGCGUUGGAGUGGUGCGUGUUCGUGUGUAACCACAAUACGAGAGGAGGCCAUUGGAAGAACAGCUUCGCCUGCAGCCCUCGACUCAUACAGGCCAUCAUGGCAAACGGUAACAAGUCUGUCUCUGUACACGUUGAUGUACGGAUCCCAGACGCUGUGAGUUCAUUUGAACUUGGUGCUGUAGGGUUUCGGACACCGCUGGGCGUGUGGGUGGUGAGCGGGCUGCACUGCCUCCCUCUGUGGCUGUAUGGGUAUCAGAGGGAUUUACUGUCUCACUGGUUGUACCUGCCUCUGUGGAUCCAGGCUCUGGGGAUCAUGCUGCUGGCUGUGGGCAGAGUACUGGCUCUAACAGCAGAGAUGUGGUGCGUAUGGACUCAUAUUAAACACCUCACCCACGAUGAGCUGGAAGAGAAGAAGAACUGAAAGCCUCUCAGCAGAGUAAUGUGUUCAUCGGAGACGUUAGGCACUGUGAGGGUGGCCGAGAAACCUGGACUAAAACAAUGAGUUGCGGCAGUCUGGCGGCAGCACUUCCCAAUUCCAUUUUAUUUGUCAAAAUGAGAGUCUUGUUCAGAAACUCCACAGUAAAAAAAUCAACCAGAAUCAGAACCAGAAAGAGAAAAGUAAGCAAAAAAUAAAAAAAUAAACUCACUUCUCAAGAAGAAUCAAAAUAAUACACAACAAAAGAAUUCGCUCUAAACUGCCUUCCUGGCUAUACCCUUAAAGCUCGGGCCCACGGCAGGAGCUACGUUCUGGAGCUGUGUUCAGGAGCUGUGCUUCUCUUCUCUGGCUCCUGGCCACCACAGCCUCCUCACUUUUAUACUGGUGGACUGUACCUUCUCAAGAAUCAGAAAAAAAAAUCAACUAUCUCUUCCAGCACACUUACAAUAAUAACAAUAUCAAAUAUAAUGUUAUCAAACAGAAGUUUACUUAAACGUACUUUAAAAACACCUGUUUCUUUUUAAACAAGAUACUGAUACUGGUCAUUCCACCACAAAAGACAAAACACCCCUCCCACUCUACCACACUUGGUUUCUUCCCCUGUCACCCCCCCUAUUUAACCAA